AUGAGCGGCGGAAAUUUCUCGUCCGGCCAGGAAGGUGGUGUGAUGGGCUUGUCCAACAGCUCCUCCACCGUGCAGGCUCCACACGGCGGGACAUCUCCUACAUCUUCAGCAACCCCUCCCGCUGCUCAUGGGUCUCCAGAAUCCAUCCCCUUAGGCGAGUAUUCACAGGCAACAUCGCAUGUCAUGUCCUCUUCCUUGGCCGAAGUCAUCUCGUCCAUAGCAUCUAUGAUGUCCCACGAGACCCCAUUCGCGACCUCACACAAUCAACCCACGAGCGAGCAUAUAAGUACGCGUGUUUCGGAGUCGCAAUCACCCCGCACACUCUCAACGCAUGUCUCUGUAACCUCCGCUGUGUCUAAUUCGCGUUCAUAUACCAGCGUACACUCUCCCGCUCCUAGCGGCGAGUCCAUAUUUGGUACUAUCAUGAACAAAUUGACCGCGCUAGAGGCAAACCAUACGUUAUACGCACGAUAUGUGGAGGAACAGAUCACCGGAGCGAGGGAGGUGCUGAGGAAGUUGGGGGAGGAAGUGGGGAGAUUAGAAAGCAUUGAGCAAAUGCAAUCCCAGAUCGAGCUGCUCUCGCGAGUCAAUCAUCUGGCUGAUGAGGUUGUCCUUGAAAAGCGUCUCGGAAUUGCACAACUAUGUCUGCUCCUAGCAGUACUUGUGUUCAUGGGAUUCACGAGAGGUGCUCCGUACGUCGAGCAAUCUCAGGCGGACUUCAACCGCUCCGCCCGCCAGUGGGGUACGCGGCCGCUAGGUCUCGGGAGCAACAAGGAACUUGGAGGAUGGAAUCCUCUGAGACUGAGAAGUCUCAGUCCGACCGUGCAACGCAAUGGCGCUGAGAAGAUGCCGGGUUCGGAGGCACGGAUGGCGUUCCCUUCCUCAACAUCCCAAAGACAACCUUCGUUUAUUGACUUGACUCCUCGUCAUCUCCCAAGGGAAUCUGUGCCUUCGUCCACGAGUUCCCUGCACAAACAUUUUCACGGACACCAUUCAACUCGAACGCCAACACGACAUAGGCAAGUGCUUUCUGUCGACCCGCGUUCGAUUCCACAAGUUUUACCCAUUGCCAAAUCCAAUUCAUCCACCGCCUCUCCCCACCCAACUCCUCGAUCAACUAAGCGGUUAGCACGUACUGCACACCUUCACGAAGUCAAGCUGUUCCGUCACAGACGCGGCAGCGGGGCGGGAAUCGCAAGAUGGCUGGAACGACGAGGCAAUGAAGAAAAUGAACAUAACGACGAUGUGUUUCGUGUCGGCCCCCCACCUUCAUCUCAACCAGAUAGGUCUCAUGGUAGGCGCCGUGGCCCGUUCCACUCGUUGUUUCCGACAGUUCGCUCGGAUGGUGACAAGGAGACAGACAGAUGGAUAGAUACUGAUAUAGAUGGUUCUGAAGUUACAUCUGACACUGCUCCCUAUGACAGCACUUAGUCUGCGCUGGACGUCAUACCGUUUUUCUUAUGGGUUAGUUUGAU